GGCUUCCCGACCGUUACAUCUCGACAGUCUGGGUCACAACCACCAAAUAUAUCCACACGUUGACGUGAUUUCUUGCCCUUACUCACACUAAGCCCGCGUGUCGAUCCAUCUCUAUGGAUCCCGAACCUACUGAACACUCCACCGGCGGCGGCUCGGUUCCCCGCCAGCCGCCCAGCGCGCAGACGGGGCUUGAUGUCCAGGUUGUCAGCGCAGCUGGCGACUCAGGUACCAUGAGCCAGGACACCGAAGUGGACAUGAAAGAUGUGGAGCUGAACGAGCUGGAACCGGAGAAGCAGCCUAUGAAUGCAGCGGACGGGGCGGCAGCCGGGGAGAAGAACGGUCUGGUGAAGAUUAAGGUGGCCGAAGACGAGGCGGAAGCCGGGGUCAAGUUCACAGGCUUAUCCAAGGAGGAGCUAUUGAAGGUAGCUGGCAGCCCGGGCUGGGUGCGCACCCGCUGGGCGCUGCUGCUGCUCUUCUGGCUCGGUUGGCUGGGUAUGCUGGCGGGCGCCGUGGUUAUCAUCGUUCGGGCGCCACGCUGCCGUGAGCUGCCGGUACAGAGAUGGUGGCACAAGGGCGCCCUCUACCGCAUCGGCGACCUUCAGGCCUUCGUAGGCCCGGAAGCGAGAGGCAUAGCUGGUCUGAAGAACCAUCUGGAGUACUUGAGCACCCUGAAGGUGAAGGGCCUAGUUUUGGGCCCAAUUCACAAGAACCAGAAGGAUGAAGUCAAUGAAACCGACUUGAAACAGAUUGAUCCCGAUUUAGGCUCCCAGGAAGAUUUUAAAGACCUUCUACAAAGUGCCAAGAAAAAGAGCAUUCACAUCAUUUUGGACCUCACUCCCAACUAUAAGGGCCAGAAUGCAUGGUUCCUCCCUCCUCAGGCUGACAUUGUAGCCACCAAAAUGAAGGAGGCUCUGAGUUCUUGGUUGCAGGACGGUGUGGAUGGUUUCCAAGUUCGGGAUGUGGGAAAGCUGGCGAAUGCAUCCUUGUACUUGGCUGAGUGGCAGAAUAUCACCAAGAACUUCAGUGAGGACAGGCUUUUGAUUGCAGGGACCGCGUCCUCUGACCUGCAACAAAUUGUCAACAUACUUGAAUCCACCAGCGAUCUGCUGCUGACCAGCUCAUACCUGUCACAGCCCGUUUUCACUGGGGAGCAUGCAGAACUCCUAGUGAUUAAGUAUUUGAAUGCCACUGGCAGCCGCUGGUGCAGCUGGAGUGUGUCGCAGGCAGGACUCCUGACAUCCUUUAUACCGGCUCAGUUUCUCCGACUCUACCAGCUGCUGCUCUUCACUCUGCCAGGAACUCCUGUUUUCAGCUAUGGGGAUGAGCUUGGCCUUCAGGCAGUUGCCCUUCCUGGACAGCCUAUGGAGGCUCCAUUCAUGCUGUGGAAUGAGUCUAGCAACUCCCAAACCUCAAGUCCUGUAAGCCUCAACAUGACAGUGAAGGGCCAAAAUGAAGACCCCGGCUCCCUCCUCACCCAGUUCCGGCGACUGAGUGACCUCCGUGGUAAGGAGCGCUCUCUGUUACACGGUGACUUUGAUGCACUGUCUUCCUCAUCUGGCCUCUUCUCCUACGUCCGCCACUGGGACCAGAAUGAGCGUUACCUGGUGGUGCUCAACUUCCAGGAUGUGGGCCUGUCAGCCAGGGUAGGAGCCUCCAACCUCCCUGCUGGCAUAAGCCUGCCAGCCAGUGCUAACCUUUUGCUUAGUACUGACAGCACCCGGCUAAGCCGUGAGGAGGGCACCUCCCUGAGCCUGGAAAACCUGAGCCUGAAUCCUUAUGAGGGCUUGUUGUUACAGUUCCCUUUUGUGGCCUGAUCCCUCUACACAGAACCUGCCACCCUUCUUUCCUCUCUCAGGCCUUUGGAAUUCUGGUCUUUCUCUCCUUAUUUUGUUUUUGUUUUUAAACUUUUGCAGAUUACAUAUGAAUUCUUACACUGGGUGUUUUUGUCUUCAAAAUAAAAAAAAUCACCCCUGCCUCAU